AGCUCACAGAGGUUCAGUUUGACCUGGCAUCUAGAGGAUAUGAUUUGGACGCUGGUUGGCCAACGUUUGCCAGAAGGACUCUGGCCUCCCUUGGUUCUUCAGCAUAUAUGUGGAAACCCCCAAGUCGAAGUUCCAGCAUGAGUAGUUUGGUGAGCAGCUACCUGCAGGCUCCGGAUCUGGCUUCCAGCUUGGAUAUGAAUAGCUCUUUGAACGCCGAGGCCCUGGAAGGCUUUGAUGAGAUGCGUGUGGAGCUGGACCACUUAGAGAUAAGGGAGAAGGAGCUCCAGGAGCGCGUGCAGCAGCUGGAGAGGGAGAACCAGGAGCUGAGGAGGGCCGCGAGUGCCCGGCCAGAGCAGGAGACGGGCCUGGCAGAGGAGCGCGCCCGGCUCUCCCGCAGAGUGGCCGAGCUCCAGGAGUGUGAAAUCUCCCAGGAGACGCGGGGCGCCGUGCACGAGCUGCACAGGUGUCUGAAGGCGCUGGAGCUGGACACGGCCGAACACAAGCAGGAAUACCCCUCGGCCCUGCGGCGCCUCGAGUCCAAGUUGGAGCCCCUCGUGCAGCAGCUGGAGGCCGCCUGGGCCACCCUCGCCGCCAGAGACACGCGCACCGCCGCCCCGCGUGCCCCGCUGGCCACGGCUGAGCAGCGAGCCCCGGGCACCUCCCAGGGCACCCAGGAGCUGGCAGCAGAGCACGUGGCAGAACUGGAGAGGUUGACAAGGGAGUUGCGGCUGAAGGAGGAGGCACUCAUGGAGGUGGAGGCCAAGCUCAGCCUCCUGGCCUCUGGCUCCCAAGAAGAGAACGGGAAGCUACUCAGGGACUUGGAGGGACUGGUCAGGGAGAUGGAACCUCUGCGGGAGGAGCUCUCCAUCAAAGGGAAGGAGCUGACUGACCUCCAGUGCCAGCUGGCAGAGUCCCAGGCAAACUCCAGGAUCCUCGAAAAGAAGCUGGAAGUAUUAAGAGCAGAAGAGAGGCAGCGUCUUGAGGAGCACAACCUGGAGAGGGGGGCGCUGGAGCGGGAGAAACAGGCCUUGACUGAGCAGCUCCGGCUCCUGGACGCCCAGCUGGCCCAGGUGAACCAGCAGACCAGGCACCUGGAGGAGCAGAACCAGCAGCUGCUGGGCGAGCGGGACCGGCUGCUCCAGAAGGUGGGGGACCUAGAACGUCCUGUCGAGAGGCCCAAGAGCCAGGGGCUGAACUCAGGAGACUCCCUCCUGCUUCAGGCCAGAAAGAACCCCGAGAAAGAAGGCGAGGGGCUGCAGGAGGCCGGCGCGUCCCCUGAGACAUUGGAAGCGGCCCCGGCCCUGGCUUCCAAGGGCCAGCUCCAGGCCCCGGAGUCUGUCUGUGAGGUGGAGGAGAAGCUCCGGCCGGCAAACAGAGAGCCAGGUGAGGAGCUCGAGAACGCCCUCCGCAGGAACGAGAUCCUCGAGGACAAGCUCAAGGCCCUCCAGGUGGACUAUGAGGACCUGAGGCAGCGAGAGGCGGCCAUCAAGGGCUCUCUGGCCUCCCUGGAAGCCGAGCAGGCCAGCAUCCGCCACAUUGGAGACCAAAUGGAGAAGAGCCUCUUGGCUGUGAAGAAGGCCAAAGAGACAAUGAGGGCCCAGGUGGCCGAGAAAGAGGCGGCCAUUCAGAGCAAGGAGGAGGAGUGCCAGUGGCUGCGGGCAGAGCUAGACAGGUUCCAGAGGCGAAUGGAGGCCCACGAGGAGGAGAUGAAGGGCCUGAGGAGCGUGUGCCAGCCUGAGGGCCUUGGUCUGGAAGAGGGCAUCGUGGAGAAGGCCCAGCAGGAACAGAGCCCAGACGAGGGGACCCAGGAGCCAGCCUCCCACCUGGUGCUGGUGCAGAAGCAGCUGGAAACCCACCAUGGUGAGGAAAGGCAGCCUCAGGCAGAGGUGGCCAAGCUCCGCACCCAGCUGCAAAAGGCCCUUGACCGCCAGGAGGAAGCCCAGGUCCGGCUUGGCCUGGUAGAGACCCUCCUGGAGGAGAGCAGAAGCCUGGCCCAACAGCUGAAGGAGCAGAAUGAGGGCCUCAACCGGAUGCAUGUCCAAGAGCUGCUGCAGUGCGCCGAGAGGGAGCGGGCACUGAGGGAAGAAAGGGACGGAGAGGCCCAGCACAGGGCCGAGCACGAGAGAGAGCUCCAGGCUCUCCACGAAGACUUGUCCCGGGCCAGACAGGUCGCUGAGAUGGCCCAGCUGGAGAGAGCCGAGGCCCAGGAACAGCUCCACCGGGCCAACACGGACAUGGCCGAGCUGGGCAUUCAAGUCUGUGCCCUGACGGCAGAGAAGGCUCAGGCUGGGGAAAAGCUCCGGGAGGCCGAGGAGAGGGCCUCCAGGGAGAGGGAAGGUCUCCAGCAGGACUUGGAAGAGCUCAGGCAGGAAAGGGAGAGCCUGCAUGAGAAGCUGAAGGUGGCCCAGGACAGCGCCUGUGCACUGGCAGAGAGCCAAGCCCAGAGUGUGCGGGAGGCCGGGCAGGAAGAACUCUCCACCGUGAAGUUCCAGCUGAGCACCGAGAUCAUGAACUGCCAGGCCAAGUUCAAGGCAGCCAGUGAAGAAUGUCACACUCUCAGGGGCCAGCUGGAAGCGACAGAGGCGCAGCUGAAGGCAGUGCAGGAGGAGGCCACAGGGCUGAAGGCCGCGGGAGCGGGUCUAGGGAAGGAGCUGGCGCAGGUGACUGAAGAGCUGGCCAAGUACCGCGCCACCGUCGUGAGGAAGGAUGAGGAAGUCGCAGCCCUGAAUGCACGCUUGGAAAGGGCCCAGGAGGAACUCGAGCGGUCGGACGCCGCGUGCCAGGACUAUGGCGACAGGCUGCGGCGGGAGGCGGCCGAGCGAGAGAAGAACGAGCGGCAGAUGCUGGCCGAGGUGGACGAUCUGAACAAGACCAAGAAGUACCUCGAAGAGCGGCUCAUCGAGCUGCUCAGGGACAAGGAUGCUCUUUGGCAAAAAUCCGACGCACUAGAAUUCCAGCAGAAACUCAGUGCCGAAGAGCGGUGGCUGGGUGACACAGAGGUGAACCACUGCCUGGACUGCAAGAGGGAGUUCAGCUGGAUGACCCGGCGGCACCACUGCAGGAUCUGCGGGCGCAUCUUCUGCUACUACUGCUGCAACAACUACGUCCUGACCAAGCACAGCGGCCGCAAGGAGCGCUGCUGCCGGGCCUGCUUCCGGAAGUUCACCGAUGGCGCUGCCUCCCCGGACAGCUCUGGCUCCACCGCCUCCCCGGGGGACCCCUCCUCGUCUCCAUCCAAGGCAGCGAGCGAUCAGGCCUGCGGAGUCAGAGGGGGGCAUCCGGAUUCCAGAGCCCCGGACGAUGCGGUGUUUGACAUCAUCACUGAUGAAGAACUGUGCCAGAUACACGAAUCUAGCUCCCUCCCCGAAACGCCCUCUGAAAUGGACUCUCUGGACCAAAGCGUGGCUGAGCCGGAUAGCACAUCCAACUCUUUAACACCUGACGACCCUGAGGACAUGCCAGUGGGUCAGGAUGCUGAAAUCUGCUUGCUGAAGUCCGGAGAGCUGAUGAUAAAAUUACCCCUCACAGUGGAUGAGAUCUUACAUUUUGGAGAAGGCAACAGAGAGCUGUUCAUUAAAUCCAGCACCUACAGCAUCAUCCCCAUCACUGUGACAGAGACUGGCCUCACCAUCAGCUGGGUCUUCUCUUCAGAUCCCAAAAGCAUCUCGUUCAGUGUGGUCUUCCAGGAGUCUGAGGAUGCCGCCCUGGACCAGUGCAAGGUCCUCAUUCCCAUGACCCGUUGCAAUUCCCACCGGGAAAAUAUCAAGGGUCAGCUGAAGGUCCGAAACCCUGGGAUUUACAUCCUGAUAUUCGACAACACCUUUUCUAGGUUCAUCUCCAAAAGAGUCUUUUAUCAUCUGACAGUUGACUGGCCCGUGAUCUACGAUGGAAGUGAUUUUCCUUAAAUUCAAACCCUUGCGAUCUCCACCACAUUACUUCAUCCACAGGAAACACUACUCUUAUUUAUGUAUCACUUAAACACUAAAGGAAAGAAACAAAGCCUGGCAGUCCCCAAUUCCCCAGUUUUGAAAAGGUGGCGCGUCUCAAACAGGAACACUCUCAGCUCUGUACCAUGUACAGCUUCCUAAAGCCCAGGGAUCCCUUCUAAUGUUUAAGGACCUCAGGCACAGCCUUUUGGGGGUUGAGAUAAACAACCAAUGAAAGUGAAUUUUCCGGAGGGAUUUACUUGAGUGCUUAGAUACUUAGAUGAGAUGGGCUCUUCUCCGGGCAGCUGUUUUUUAUACCUGCUAUUUUGUGUACCCAAGAAACCAGGAGGGCUCCUGUUUUAAAAAGCCAGAGGUGGGUCUAGGGGGACGGGGUACAUCAU